UACCUCCGUCUCUGUCGGGCGCGAAUUAAGAGGCGCGCGUAUCGCUCGAGUUUAUCGGAGGGGCCUCCGCGCGCAACCCGUGGCAUUAGUUACAUCCGCGACAUUGCAGUGUCCGAAAGUGAGAGCUUCGGUCGCAUCGAGCGACAUGUCACGCUGAAGCUCGACGGAGACGACACAUCGGCGGCUAUGCUCAUCAAGGAGACGUCGGUCAGUUGGCCAGGACUACCGGCGGCCCUGCCGUCGCCCGCUUCGCCCUCGGCGGUGAUCGUUUCUCCGGAGACGCUGUCGCGCCACAGCAGCAGCUCGCCCUCGAGGACCACCCGGCAGCCCCAGUACAUGCUGGCGCUGCCGUGUCCCACCAGCCAGCCGAUACCUGCCGUCUGUUACCCGGCGCCCACUUACCUCGACCUCGAGGUCACCACCCACAAGAAUUGGAAGUACCAGGGAUGCGACGCGUUCGCGACCACGCUGAGCGCCCUUUACGGCAAACUCCUGGUCGUCAUGGGCAUCGCUUUUCCCAUGUCGGAAGUCAUUUCCACGUACAUCCCACCCUCGUUUUACGAGGCCUUCUACCUCUACCUCUACAUCGGCAGUAUGUUCUUUCUCCUCGUCAUGUACUCCUGCACGAUGUGCUGCAGCGGCGAGCCGAAGCAGAAGAAGCAGAAGCAGCAGCAGAAGGACGCGAGCGACCUGGACUCGUCGCAAUCGUCGAGCGGAGGUGGCGGCGACAGCGACGCCCCGCACCCGUCCACCUGUCCCCACCUGUUCGACCGGCCGGCCCAGCACUACGGCAGUUUCUACCUGCGCAUGGGUGCGGUCGCCUUCGGCGUUGGCUCCAUGAUUUACUCGGGCCUCGAGUUCGGCCAGUACUUUGAGCUAGAGCGCAACACCAAGUGCCACAACAUCAUGAUGGCCAUCACACCCGCCACCCGCAUGGCCUUCAUCUUCAUCCAGAUGUACUUUAUCUUUCUCAACGAUAAGCAAAUGAAAGUGUACAGUCACAGAGUCAUCGCCCGAUUUGGAUUGAUGCACAUGAUAGGCACGAACCUCUCGGUCUGGCUGAGCGUCCUCGUCCAGGAGACCAAACACGAAAUCCUCACGUUCUACGACCCGGAAAACAACUCGUUGAGAAUUUCCCACAGAUUGGGUUCAAAGGGCCACUUGCACCUGAACGACAACGGCCACGCCCACCACCCCGUGCACGAGACCCACGCGAGGAUACCCCGAGGUCUGAAGGGACCCCACCACAUGUUCGAGUGCCGGCGCACCAACAUCAUGGGCUCGCUCGUCCAGGAUGCAAGCCCGUUCCUCUUUCCCUGCACCAUCGAGUACAGCCUCAUAUGCGCGGCCAUACUCUACGUCAUGUGGAAGAACAUCGCCAAGGCGGUCCCGAACAAGAUCGCGACACCACCAGUGCGGCAUCACGCUCACACUUACAGGAGAUCGCCGCACCACUACAGCGUCGACUGCGCCCAGGCCCACAAAGGCCUGUUCCUAGGCAUCCUGAUCCUCGUGCUGACCAUCAUCUCGUUGAUCUUAUUCUUUGUGCUGACCUCGCGACCGGAACUGGUCAACCUGGCCGUGACGGAGGUCAACAUUUGCGAGCUGACCCUUUACGGCAUGUCAACCCUGGCCACCCUCGUCGGGAUGUGCCAGAUGCGCAAACUGCGCUACGACGGCAGCCGAAACCUCGAGCUGGACAACAUCCUCCUCGUGGCCGCGCAGACGGGCAUGUUCAUCUACUCGAUGUUCACCAUCAUCGGGAGUCACUUCACCCAGGAGAAACACACGAGCCUCGUCCUCAUCACGGCCUUCGCUAGCGUCGUCCAGACGACCUUCCAGACCAUCUUCAUCCUGGACGCCUCCAAGAGGACCGUAGCCACGGCCGAGCAGAUUCGCCACAAGCCCGGUCGGGAGAUCGUCACCUUCCUCCUCGUCACGAAUCUGGCCAUGUGGGCCGUCAACACGAUGGAGAAGUCACGGGCCGAGUCUCACCCCGUUCAGCUACACUUUUACGGUCUCUGGGCUUGGACCAUCAUCACCCACGUCUCCAUGCCCCUGGCCAUCUUCUACAGGUUCCACAGCACCGUGUGCCUGUGCGAGAUAUGGAAAAAGGCAUACAAAGUGAAGCCCACCUACAUAUGACGCAAGGGGUCGUCCGAGGCGCGGAAGAGGAAGCAGCGGCGCUCGCUCGGGACGAAGAGCGCGAGCACCGCGUCGGUGGCACCGCGACGACCGACCAACCUGCCGGUGCGCCUCGACCGCAUCGCCGAAAACGAUCCCACGUACUUCAUGUGAUCGCUCACCCUCGCGAAGUUCCAGCAGAUCGCUGCCCAAAGGGUACCACCCCGAAGAUCGAUUCUCAUACUCAGGGAUGACCUUUGAAGUACUGGCAAUUGGGUCCAUUUGUUAUUCUCUCAAGUGUCGGCAAUGAGGUCCCAAAGUGGAUGAUCGGUUUGGGAGGGAUCGAAUGAUGCGGGUGGUAUUGGAACCUCGCGAGCGUCGAUUUGACCGUAUGCUGUGAUUGCGAUAGUCCGCGCGACCUUUCCCAUCGAGUACUCUCGAUAAUCCAAUUUAUUCCCGCUACCGUACUCUACUCGCUGCCAAUCCGAGCUUUGUGUCUCGUGGCAACUGUGUUACUUGGCUGAUGAAACGUUACGUGAUGCUCUUCACGAAAUCGGUCCGGUAUAUUGGUGAAUCGAUUGGAAAAUAUCUAUUGCCCUCCCCCUCCCCCAUCACCAUCUGUCCCUCAAUCGUCGAUUCCACAUCACAAGAUUAAUGUUUGCCAAUGAGUAUAAAUGAAAAGUUUCAGCUGUGGUUGGUGGAAUUCAAGACAUAUGCAGAGCUGACUCGAUAAUCAAAUUGUAAAAAAGUCCUGGUAUCUUGAGGAUUUUAAUUGUAGGUCGGUGUGCGCGAUUGCCCGCAAAAGUACGUGAGUUGUGUCCGUUUCUCCGAUUUCCUGUGACUCGAGAAUCGGUUCGCGUGUCGAUAGGCGACUAUACGUAUGGACGUUGAAGCCCCUGUAUCUCCCGAGGAAAAUAAAAUUUUCCAAAAGAGAAAGGAAAACAAGUUUAAACAAUCAAGAUCGUAAUCACCUUGUAAUUAACGCUUGCGAGCUUUUGUCCAUUAGUGUUAAAACUUAUGGUGUAUCCAUAUUUUUUUUUCGGUGACCUGUGCGUAUUACGGAGGAACCAAAUUUUCGAAACAACAGCUUGUAUAAAUAACUCGUAGUCUCUACGUAAACGAUCCGACCUUAGGUCGGAGCAACAAAUUUUCAGGACCACUUUGAUACUCUAGUGUUAUUGAAUCUAAAACAUAUUUUGUACCCUUUUGUAUACGGAAAAUUUUUUCUACCGAGUAUUUUUUCUACGACGAAUUUUUUCAUUUGUAAUUUUUCUAGACUGCGUUAGAGAGUGAAAAUAGAACUAUUACAUUAGUUGAUAAAAAAAAGUAGCUUAGAAUAAUCCCCCAAAUUUCCUUUGAGGGAAAAAAGGAAAAUUGUUCGAUGAGUAAAAAGUUUACACGAAUGCUGCCACAGUAAUAUUUUUCAGUCCCUCGUCUUCCAUGGAGUACAAAGUACCGGGAACCAAUUUAUUUUUUUAUUUUUUUAUUUUAUUUUUUUUCUAUAUUGAAUUCACAGAGACUCAUAUUUAUUCGAUGGACAAUUUUUUUUAAAUCAAAAAGUACAGGUUGAUAAUACGGUAUUCAAGGCAGCUGACAAAGGCCAACACUGUAAAUCCAAGUGUGCUCGAACAAUAUACAUUAAAUGCAAUAUGCGUGUAAAAUGCAUUGCAGCAGCUUGAAUGGGGUUUUGAUAUUUUUAAAUGACACAAAAUUAAUGAAAUUGAACGGUUUUUUACCGAAAAAAAUUAAUGUUUAUCAUGGUCUACCUGUAUUAAUUUUUGGUAAUUAAUUAAUUGCGUACAGAGCUAGCCAUUAUAUGCUUCACAUCUAGGGAGGUAAAUUAAAAAAAUGUUUUAGAUCGUAGUGUAUUACGGCCAACUAUAAUUUAAACACUGAUUCUUGUAGCUGCAACGUAUUUUUAAAACGUCUAUAAAUACAUUAAAAAUAAGGCACUUGGCUUUGUCAUGAAUACCAUAAUUUAUAACAGAAAUACUUGAGCUCUAAAAAGUACAGAAAGUACCAAACGUUCAAUCAUAUCAAUAAAACAGGAAAUCGCUGGCGAUAAGAGGAACGCACAGUAAGGCUGAAGUGAACAAUAUUUUCUCGAGCAUACGCAUUAACGUACGCUCGAUGCAUGGAAAAAUAAAUGAUUAAAACUAGAGUUUGAUAAUUGAAUAGUUACAUCAAUUAUUCGAUCAAUCACAAUGAGCCGAAGUAAUUUUUAUAAAACAAAUAAAAAUUAUUUACCAGUAAAAAAUCUAAGCUGCUUUGAAUUCGAUUACGAAUUUCACAGCCAUUUGAGUAUUGGCACAUCUUUUUUUUUCUCGAUGCCAAGUAAAUAAUAAUAAAAGGACAUGAUUGGCUAAAAGAAUCUUUUAGUCUAAUCUGUAGAAUUGACGCAGCGAAAAUAUUUUUUUUUCCAUUUCGCCCAAACGACAAAAAAACUACAAGUAUUAUGUUGUUAUACUGUUUAGUGUAGGAUGUGCAUUUCUGUACUUCUGAUACACUAAGGCAAUAAAUGUCAGGAUAAUCGUUUUGCAUCCAGAAGCAAUGAAAUGACGUAGCUGAAACACAAAAAUUUUUUUCCCAUUACAGCUGUACAGCAAUGAAAUGUGAUAUUUUUUAAUCAAUUAAGUUUUUCGAUUGCGUCAAGUGAGUUAAGAAUAAAAUAUCUAAAAAAAUAUAUACUAUCCCUGCUAGAGUAUGUAAAAUGAAUUCCAAUCAAAAAAGAAAGGACACAACGUGUAUAUGCGUGCGCGAGUAUGAGUGUUUGCGCGCGUGUGUGUGUGUGCAAGCCUAUAAAUAACGCUAUACUUGAUCAAUCGCUAAGAGUGAAAAAUCCGAUAGAGCAAUCCUAGUUGAUAGAUAGAUAGUUGACUAAUGUAAUGGCAACGAUUCUGUAAAUACGAUGAUUAAAGUAUUCUUGAGUAUUUUAGACUAUAGACGUGUCGAUAUGUUUUUUCUCUUCCUAUUAUUACAUUGGAUUAUAUUAUAUACACACACGAAAUAUAUAUAUAUAUACAUGCCAAA